AUGAAGAAGGAAAUUUGUUUUUCAUCAGUGGACAUGGUGGUACAAAAAAACUAUUUCUAUGGAAUACAAGUAAUUGCAAAGCUCAAAUCAAAAUCUAAGAUAGUCUUGCAUGUUGCAACUUCAGGCAUAGUAGCCUUAUUAUUGCCUAAUAAUAGGGCCACUCAUUCACGGUUUCAUAUUCCCUUGGAGGUUAUAGCUGAGUCAACGUGUGAAAUUCGACAUGGCAUCCUAGUCGCUGAACUCUUGAUGAAAACUUCUUUGAUCAUUUGGGAUGAAGCACCAAUGGCAAAUAAGUAUUGCUUUGAGGCUUUAGAUAAGACCUUAAGAGACAUUCUAAGAACAAGGUAUGAGAAUAGUACUACCAAACCUUUUGGAGGACUUACAAUAAUAUGCAGCAGAGACUUUUCCCAAAUAUUGCCAGUUGUUCCAAAGGGUACGAGAACUGACAUUGUUGAUGCAUCUCUUAAUUCAUCAUACCUAUGGCCAUUUUUUAAAAUAUAUGAGUUGAACCAAAAUAUGAAGCUUUAUAAUGGAAAUGUCAAUGAAGAUGAGGUUGCUAAAAUAGCUUCUUUUGAUAAAUGGUUGUUGCAGAUUAGGGAUGGUUCAUUAUAUCAUGACAUUAAUAGGGAAUUCAUCAAAAUUCCUUUAGACAUUUACAAAAAACCAUAUGAUGAUCCCAUAAAUCCUAUAGUCCAAGCUAUCUACCCUUCAUUAUUGCAUAAUUAUAGUGACUCAACAUAUUUGAAAGAAAGAGCAAUACUAACGCCAAAAAAUGAAAUAGUCCAUGAGUUAAAUGAGAUGAUUAUAAAUAUGAUCCCAGGAGAAGGGAGGACCUAUUUUAGCUCAGACAAUAUAUGCAAAGCAAGUAUAAACACAAAUGAAGAGGAUCUUUUGUAUCCAGCUAAGUUUUUGCAUAGUUUGAAAUUUAAUGGCAUCCCCAAUCAUGGCAUACACCUAAAGGAAGGUGCUUCUGAAUUGCUCCUCAAAAAUCUCAAUCAAACAAAAGGUUUAUGCAAUAGCACAAGAUUUAUUGUCACCCGUCUUGGUAAAUGUUCAAUUAGACUAAUAUAA